GAAAACAGAAUCAGACACGCAUUAAACUCUUUACUGGGGCACUAAACGACGUUGUUUCAGCUGUCAAUGAAAUAAAGAAGAUAAAACCGAUAUCGCUGUUGAGUUUGGGACGGAAGCUCGCAGCUUAGCCGGGUCGCGCUGACGGCUAGCUGUGACAGGGAGAAGGUUCGUCACGUUGUUUUGUUCACAUUAAGUUGAUUAAGUAACUUCUAAACGCUCCUGCUCGUCUUGCUAUGUUGUCAUUAGCUUACUGAAACACUAGAGACGUAACGUGCAUUGAGGAAUAGCAGUUAGUUAACUAAUAUUAAUGUGCAACGAUGCAGUAGAAUGUGUUAUUAACAAUCUGAAUGUAAUGUUUACUGGGUUAUGGGUCGUUAUUCUCAUAAUAUCAAUUCCUGCUUGUAUUCACAGAAUAAAAUAUUAGUUUGGGUUCCAGGAAACCGAGACUGGACUUUAAACUCUCCAAGAUACUGUCCAGAUAAACAACUGCAGAGCAGUUAUCUGCUGUUUCUUGUGUGUUGAAAUGUAUUCUGGGAAAUGUACGGCACCACUGGUCUGAAGGGAAGUCACCACCUGAAGGAACGCGUUGAGGAAUAAUGAGUUUGUUCAAACACUCUCACAUCAAACAUUCAGUUAUCUUCAGUUAACUUCCAAAACACGUCUCUGUUGGAUCAUUUAUAUCAUAAUAAUAUUUACUUCUCAUGAAGGCAUGUCCUGAGUCCGAAGAGGUCGAGAUGUCCGACCGCGAAGCGACAGAGGCUCCGGAGGCGGCGCCGGAGGUUCAGGAGGCCUCUCCUGUAGAGACGCCCGCCGCCGGCUCCUCGCCGUCAGUCCCCGACAACUCGACUGACGUGGCCCCGACGAGGAGAGCCAGGAGGAGACCAGACGUGAAGCCUGCUGCCCGAGCUGAGGAGGAGCCCAGAGUCGAGGAGCAGCCGGCGAAGCCCCCGACGCCCAGUGAGUCCACGGUGGCUCAGGCUGGGUGGGGGUACUGGGGCAGCUGGGGCAAAUCCAUCCUGUCCACUGCAACCGCGACUGUGGCCACUGUGGGUCACGGCCUGACGCAGGUGAUCGAGAAGGCCGAGACGUCUCUGGGCAUCCCGAGUCCCACAGAGCUGUCAGCGCAGGUAGAGGAGGAGCAGGAGGCUGACUCCAGUGAGACGGACACAGUGGAGGUGGAUGGCUCGGUGGGAGGAGCCAUGGGGAUGCUGUCGUCGCUCAGCAGCGCCGUCCAGAGCACGGGGAAGACGAUGCUGACGGGCGGGCUGGAUGCUCUGGAGUUCAUCGGGAAGAAGACGAUGGACGUGAUCGCAGAGGGAGACCCCGGCUUCAAGAGGACCAAAGGCCUGAUGGUCCGGAACGCCACGCUGUCACAGGUGUUGAGGGAGGCGAAGGAGCGAGAGCAGCAGCAGACGGUGGAGAGAGAGUUCUCCACCGGCGAGCAGCCGGCAGCUCAUUAUGGGAUGUUGUUCGAUGAGUUCCAGGGUCUGUCGCACCUGGAGGCGCUGGAGCUGCUGUCCAGGGAGAGCGAGUCCAAGGUGAAGUCGGUGCUGACCACGCUGUCCGGGGAGGAUCAGGUCCAGCUCAGAGAGGAACUGAACCUGAUCCGGGACUCGUUCUCUCUGGUGGAGUUUGAUGACGAGGAAGUGGACGAGAAGAAAGAUGCAGAUGGCUCUGGGUUCCAGGUGGAGGUGCUGCAGCUCCUUGACGGACUCGGUGUCGACGCCACGGCUGCAAAACUCAGCCAGGCCUGCAGGAGCAGCUGCAGCCAGAUCUCUGACAUGAGCCGAGAGGAGGAGGAGGAGGAGCAGGAGGAGGAGGAGGAGGAGGAGGAGGCGGCGGCAAAGAAAAGACCUUCUGUGGAGGAGGUCCACUCUGCUGCCAUCAGGACUCUGGCGGUUCUGACGGCUCGCUCCAUCGAGCUCUUCCACAAACUGGCUGAGAUGAGCCGGUUCUCUGGAGGCGGCCCGGAGCCCGGGGUUCUGCUACAGUUGACGGUGGUUCUGUGUAAAGAACUCUCACUGCUUUCCAAGAGGUUCACCUCCUGUCUCUCAGCAGCCGGGUCGAAGGAGAAAGGAGACGUCCUCAACCCGCUGAUCACCGGAGUCUUCCUCGAGGCGUCCAACAGCGCGUCGUACAUCCAGGAGGCCCACAUCCAGAGGAGAGCCACGCAGUGAUAGAGAUAUAUAUAUAUAUAUAUAUAUAUCUCUAGAGAGAGAGAGAGAGAGAGAGAGAUUUUCCCCACCGUGUUCACGUCGUGCUGGUUAAUUAUUCGUAGGUGGACUCAUCAGGUGAUGUCGAGCAGCCAAUCAGAGCACUGUUCCACGGCGCUUCUCGUCCUUUUAUUCCCUCUGACGGCCCGACGUGGUCUUCUCUUCAUGAGUGUUUAGUGGAGGUGUGUCGUCUCCCUCCUGCUCAGAGAGAUCAGUGUCUCCCGUCUGAGUCCACGUCCCUCUCCAGCAGCUCGUCCCUUCAGCCUCUAUCACACUAGUUACUGUUUCAUUGCUGAGAGAAAAUAAAAUCAAGUCUCAAACGUU